CUGGUGAGAGAGCGCACGCGAGCGGCUGCUGCGCACACACAGCUGGAUGGAGAGUUUGCUGCUGCAGACGCAGAAUGAUGUGAAUUUUGGACAUUUUCAAGUUGUUCCACUGAAUGAAAGCAGCGGCUGGACUUGGCUCGGCUCUCCGGGGUUCCACACACAGGUAGCGGGAACAAGGACUCGAUGCUAGCACAGCACGCGGCGAGCCGCUGCGUGGUUUUUUAAUUAAUUAUUUUUAAUUAGGGGUGGUGUGUUUUUUUUGUUUUGUUUUUUUUUUUGGCUUGGUGUGUACGUUUUAAGUGACACCCGACAGACAGGCGACAACGAUGGAGUCGAUCUUAGACAGUUUAACAGCAGAUAAACUCUAUCCGUCCGGAGGAACCGACCUGUUGGACCUGGAGGAACUUAGCGACGGAGACUUCCUCACUAAUGUGCCUUUUUCGAGUGAGCAGAUGGAUGAUUUUAGCAGUGAAUUAUUCAGCAGUUUCUUUGAAGAGCAUCUAUUAGAGCGACCCUUAAUGGCAGAUAGAGCUUCACUUUUACACAUGGACAUGGACAGCAGCCCAGAUAUUCAAGCAGAGCACAGCUACUCUUUGAGUGAAGAUUCUGCCCCCCAAAGCCCUGCCCUGUCUGUCAAAAUGGACCAAGACUCUGAGUUUGAGUGGAAUUUCAGUCAGGACCUCUCAGCCAUCUUGGUGAAACAAGAAGAACCUGAUGUGGGUCAAAGGUUAGAUCCACAGCUUCUGGCUGGUCCGCCAAUUAUAUUAAACCCUCCCCCUCCACACAGAUCAUCAUGGAAACAUAAGGAGUGCAGUCAAGAUGACGUGAAACCUGUAGCCAAUAUAAAGGAUGAACCCAAAGAAAUUGGACAGUACCUCAACCUGCCCAAUGAAGAUAAUGUCCAUCUCCCCCCCACCCCUCCAAGUAGUAACCAUGGCGACAGUGAUGGGUCCCUCCCCCCGUCUUCCCCCCACCUCCCUCUGCCGCCCUCCUCUCCUCAACCACAACAGAAGUCUGGAGGUCGCGGCUGCUCCUCUUCCUUCUCCUCAGCCAUCUCCUCUUCACCUCUCCUCACCGCACCUCAUAAGCUGCAGGGUUCAGGGCCCCUGAUGCUGACAGAAGAAGAGAAAAGGACCCUGGUUGCUGAGGGUUAUCCAGUACCUAACAAACUUCCUCUCACAAAGAGUGAAGAGAAGGCACUGAAAAGAGUACGACGAAAGAUUAAAAAUAAGAUUUCAGCGCAGGAGAGUCGAAGGAAGAAGAAAGAAUACGUGGAAUGUCUUGAAAAAAAGGUGGAGAGCUACACGUCAGAAAACAGUGACUUGUGGAGAAAAGUUGAAAACUUGGAGACUGCCAACAGAUCUCUCCUACAGCAGCUCCAGAAACUUCAGUCCUUAAUUUCAGGGAAAGUUGUCCCACGUUCUUGCAAAAUGGCCUCAACUCAGACUGGAACAUGCAUCAUGAUGGUGGCUCUGUGUUUUGUGCUGGUGUUGAGCCUCCUGUCCGUGGUCACACCUCCUUUUGGUCCUCAUCAUCUCACCUCCUCCUCUCCUCCCCUUCCAUCAGAGGACUGUACACGACCAGUCAGGUCCGCUCUCGCAGCCUGCUCUUCUACAAUGAAGAGCUCCACUGGAGGAGAGCUAUGUAAGAUCUGAGGGGAGAGGGCUACAGUCGAAAGCCCACUCCACAUCCAGAGCAGCCAUUACACUGCUGACACCCACAGCAACCGAACAGCAGAGUCCAAGAACCACAAGAGUAAAAUAACACCAGAUGGUGUCACUGAGUAUUUCUGACAGUCAGCCUGACCCCUCCUCCUGUGACUUCUCAUGUCUGACUCCAAAAGACCCUCCUGACCCCUGAACACAGCAGGCAUGUGAUCCACUGCAGCUGUGUCCACGCCAUCCUCUCAGGCUUCAGCAGCCAUCACCGUUAGUGAGGCGCCGCUUCCUUCUUCAUCAGCCCCACAGCCUGGACUCUGCCAGGAUCAGCUCUGCUCGACCUGACUUUACUUGCUUUUUAAAGGGAACAACCUAUUUU